AGGAGAAGGAAUACAACACAUCAAACUCCUCAGCGUUGCCACAUCAACGCACAGAGACACACCACAGUGAGUGAGUAAAAUCCACAAAAAAGGAAAGGAAGGAUAUUAAAAAUAAUAACAAAAAAAAAGAAGAAGAAAUGAUCGAUACUACUCCGGAAUCGCCUCCUGGAGCGCGACAACCACCAUCAACGGCGAGGGAGCAGCAAUCCCUAACCCUAAUCCCGGGCCUCCCGAACGAUGUAGGAUCCCUGAUUCUGUCGAUGGUGCCAUACUCUCACCACGCGCGUAUCAAGCAAACAUGCAAGUCAUGGAACCGCGUCCUCUCCUCGAAGCCUUUCUUCUCCACUUUCCUCCACCGCCGCCGCAACCACCUCCUCUGCAUCUUCCCGCAGGACCCAUCCAUCGCUUCCCCCUUUCUCUUCGACCCGCAAAACCACGCAUGGUGCCCUCUUCCACCCAUGCCCUGCAACCCUCAGGUCUACGGUCUCUGCAACUUCGCCGCAGUCCCUCUCGGCCACCACCUCUACGUCCUCGGCGGAUCCCUCUUCGACACGCGCUCUUUCCCUAUCGACCGCCCUUCCCCUUCCUCCGCUACCUUUCGCCUCAGCCUCCGCGACUUCACGUGGCGUCCACGCGCCCCCAUGCUCUCUCCGCGCGGCAGCUUCGCCUGCGCCGUGGUUCCGCGCUCUGGACAGAUUCUUGUCGCCGGCGGAGGGUCUAGGCACACGAUGUUUGCUGCUGCAGGGACGAGGAUCCGCGCGGCGGAGCGAUAUGACGCGAGGAGGGACCGGUGGUAUCCUAUAGAAGGGCUGCCGGGGUUUCGAGCGGGCUGCGUUGGCUUUGUGAGCGGUGGAGGGAGGGAAUUUUGGGCGAUGGGAGGUUACGGUGCGUCGAGGACGAUUUCGGGAGUGUUUCCGGUGGAUGAGUAUUAUAGGGAUGCGGCGGUGAUGGAAUUGGAUGGUGAUGGUGGUUGGAGAGAGGUUGGGGAUAUGUGGGGUGAUGGGGAGAGAGUCAGGGCUGGGAAAAUUGUUGUUGUUGAGAAUGAUGAUGAUGAUAAGAGUGAUUAUCCAGGGGUUUACAUGCUCGAUGGAGAUGAGAUUUUGAGAUAUGAUAUGUCAACAAAUCGUUGGCUGUGUGAAUCUCGUGUUCCAAGAAAAGCGCCGUACAACUCCUCGUUCGGUGUUGUAGUUGUAAAUGGAGAGCUGUAUGUACUGACACAUUUAUGCAUCGUUGACAUGACAGAAACACGAAGGUCCAGACAGCAUAGGAGGGCUGGAACAUUGUACAUUCAAAUUUACAAUCCAAAAAAGAAGACAUGGAGGUCUCUUGUCACAAAGUCACCUUUCAGUUAUCCUAUUGAUAUCAAUACUACUGUAUUGAGCUCAAUUUGUCUGUGAGCUUUAUGAACUGCACUGCAUUACAUCUUAUUUGUAUAGUUUAUGAAUCUCCACCAAAUUGCUUGUGCAUCACAUCAUUUGAUCCACCUUGUUGCUUUUCUGGCGGCCUAUUUGUAUAUUUAUGUACCUAGUAGUAACAUAUUUAGUACAGGGAUGGUUCUUCUGUCAUACCAUCUGUAUUUGGAUAUAUAUGGGAUAUUGUAUCAUAUAUUACUGAAUUGUGUUAACCCUGAGGUACAGACUAUUUGUAUCUAGUAAAUAAAUGAAAUGGAUGUAUGUUUCA